GGAUCCAGAAGCAGACGGACAGGCACACCAGAUGCACCAGCAGAUCUGAUCCGAUUCGAUUCGUUCGUUUGGCAAGGAAGGAAGAUGAGCACCGCCGCCCUGGCGCUGCACCCGUCGGUCGUCCAGCGCAUCGACGCCGGACUCGACGCCUUCCUCGCGGCCGCAGACGCCUCACUCAAGCCCUCGCGCAUCGUCUGCAGGUGAGCGGGGCACAGAUGCACAUCGAUAUCUUGGAGUAUAUCCCGGUGUAUCUUUGCCAUUGGGUGCGUGUGUGUGGUGUCUGUGUGUCAGGCGGCUUUGUGUGAGUGAGAGGGGCUAUCACCGGCAGAAUUUUGAGAGGCAGCGGAGCACAUCGCUGGCCAGCAGCGACAUCGCAGAGACCCCUGCCGGCAGAUGGUGAGUGAACGCAGGCACCCGGCAGAGGUUUGUGUGUGCACACACAUGAUGAUCCUCGUCUCUCUCCCUCCCUCUGUGUUGUGUGUGUGUGUCAGCAAUGCAUCGUCCAGCGGGUCUGCGGCCGACAUGUCCUGUUCGACACGCCAGUCGACCGUCGACAGCAGCGACGAUACACCCAGACAGCACCAGCAACACCAGGAGCAGCAACAGCAGCAACAAGAGGAGCCUGUUGAUCACCAGCAGCAGCAUCAGCAGCAGGGAGAAGACGAGCAGCACCAAGAGGGGCAGGAAGGUAGCCACACGUUGGUGCUGAUGUGAGUCGAUGUGAGAAUGUGUGUUGUGUGCGUGUGGGCAGGUGUGACGUACGGUGAUUUCCAGUUCCUGCUGGAUCGUGAGCACGAGGGAUUCACCGCACCCGGAUGGGAGAAGGUGAGCGGGGGAGGGGAAGACACACAUAGCAAACGUGUCAGUGGGCGGUACGCGUGUGUGUGUGUGUGUGUCACCAUGCGCCAGGUGUUGGAGCGUGACGGCGUUUCGGUGGGCAGAUGCAAGCCGGAGGAGAGCGGCCUUCUACAGGUGCGGACAGACAGACAGACAGACAGAGAGGGAGAGCGAGUGUCUCUGUUGUGUAUGUGUGCGUCUUUGUGUGGUUAGGUCAAGGCGUACGCCACUUUGGCAUCGAUCGACAUCGACACGGCCUUCACACACAUAUACGACAUCAACACACGGGCCAUCUGGGACCCUGUCCUCACCGUACGUCGCGAACACCCAUACACACACACCAUGCCCACGUGGACUUGUCUGCCUGUGCCUGUGUGUCUCUUCCGUUGGUAAGGAGUGGCGUCUGAUAUCGACCAUUGACUGUCCCACCCGGCACAAGGCGUCCAUGACGCCCACGGAGGUCAUCUACUCCGUCAUGCACGGCCCAUUAGGUGCCUUCCCACUCACAACCACACAGACAGACAGACAGACAGACGUGAUUGUGGUAUGUUAUCAUGUUGGGUGUGUGUGUUGGGUGUGUUGGGUGUGUGCAGGAUUGGCGUCUCGCGAUUUUCUUCAGUACCGUCGGUCGAUGACCAACCUCACUAACAAGGGCCGGGUGCGUUUGUCAGGGAAGCAGCCACCGGGCACUGAGCUACUGAGGCAGCAGACACACUGUUGUGCGGGUCGUGUGUGUGUGUCAGGUGUCGGUGAUCUGCAUGAGAUCUGCGCCUAGCGACGAGUACAUGACCGAGCGGAAGGGAUACGUCAGAGCCGACAGCGUCAUCUCAGGCACGCAGGCAGCCCUCCCCUCCUUUCCCCUCCCCUCCUCCUAAUUAUCACUCCCACACACGGACAAAACAGAUGAAGAAUGUGGGUUCACUCAUCGAUGUGUGCGUGCGUGUGUGUGUGUGUUGUGGUUCAUUCCCUCACUCGGUCAUCCAGGUUACGUGUUGCGUCAGUCGAGUCACGAUCCGGCCAACUCGACGGACCUCUUCAUAUUCAGCCACAACGACCCGCGAGGACUCAUUCCUAAGUGGAUCGUCAACGCCGGUCGGUAGAUGACCCCUUCUCGUGUGUGCAUGCAUUGGUGUGUCCCUCGGCUGUUUGUCUCUUGGUCAGUUGCUGCCCGCGCGCCGGUGCAUUGGGUGCAGUCGUUCAAGACGGCGUGCUACGACUACCUGCUCAACUCGACACAGGAGGAGGUCAGAACACUCACACACACACACACACACAGAGAGAGAGAGAGAGAGGAAGACAACGAGGUCGGAUCUCUGUGUGCUGUGGUGUGCAGGGUACGCAAGAAGGAGGAGAUAGCGGGCAGGAAGAGGAGCCAACCACAGAGACAGAGACCGACACCGCCCCACCAGCGCAGAAAAGAGUCGUCUCAGCACCUGGUAUUUCCAAAUGUCUCACCUAAACCCGAGCCCCUCCUCCAUUGAUUACACGUUUCCCUUUUCCUCAACCUGCAGAGAUCUCAGUCCCCACCACGCUGUCGCCCCCCGCAGCCCCCCUCCGCCCCCAUGAGCAGCGCGAGUGCGGCCACAAGGCACCACCCUCCCCAGCAGCAUCAUCGUCCCAUGAGGACAGCCAGCCGUUCGGGCGGUCGUCGCCCACUCCCACAGACGGGGGCAGCUUCCUCGGGCCUGAGUGGUGAGCGAGAAGCGAUGGACAAGAAAGAAGAGAUCUAUGUGGAUGGAUGGCGUUUAUGUGAGUGAAUGCAUUGGUUGUGUGUGUGUCUGGCAUCAUCAAACUUCAUUUCGUCAGGGUGGUUGUGCGUCGUUCCCCGGCCCCCCCGGCUCAGCCCGACAGCUCCCCCACGCCAUCGCUAUCACGAUGGACCAAGAGCCCCAACGGCAUCAGGUCGAGAGCCACAUCAGGUGAGUCCAUGAGUGAGGUGCACUGACUGCACUCACCCGUCCACGCACACGCGCAUCCCUCCCUCUCUCUCCUUCCAUCUCUCUCUCUCUCUCUGUAUGUAUCCAUCAGGGUUGCGUCUGUUGUCGCGCGCGAUGCCGUCCACUCGGCUGCUGCGGUUCGAGCGCGAGUACGAGAGAGUGCGGUGCUCUGUCGGAUGGGGCGUCGGCAGGGUCCUCUGGAGGAAAUGGCGCAGGUCAGUGCCUGCUGCCCCUCCGAAGCACACAUAAAUGGAUGGAUGGAUGUGUGUGUGUUCAGGUGGCGUGGCAAGGACGACGCGAGUGGCGGCUGUAGUGUGGGUGGCAGUGUGGAGAUGGAGAAGCUGCCGCUGCCCCGAGUGGACACGACGGAUUUGCUGCUGGAGGACACCCCCACCAUCAGACACAUGAGGAGCAUGUAGCCACGUGGCUCUGCUCUGAAUUAGAGCGGCUGUAGUGUGUAGCGACUGUACGUACUCAGUACUUAGUGCACGGUACAUGAAGCGAUUCGAUGGAUGGAUGUGUUGUUCCGAAGCUCAGGGGCAGCCGGAACAUCGGUGUUUUCUUGUCUCAUUUGCGAGCGAUGUUUGGCCGGUUCUUCUGCCGCUGCCUUUCCUUCGUUUCACCUCCGCGUGGAAGCGAUUUCGGUGGGUGCGCAGACAGCAUGUAUCGACAUACCUUCCACGACGAUGAGUGACGGGGGCAGACUGCAGCAGAAGAGACAGGCCGACAGACAGACAGGGACUACUUAGCGUCACGUCGCACAGACAGACAGACAGACAGAGAGACACUGAAUCCGUCUGGGUUCUUCGGGCCUUCUGGUCUGCUGUGUCACGCCACGUCCAUGUACGCGUGUGGAGAAGGCCUGAAACAGCCCUUUUCCACGUGGGUGCGCGGAUGGGGGGCGACACGACAGACAGACCAGUUAAAGCCAACCGCAGAACGGACGGGAGCAAGAUAUAGCCAGGAUGGUCGAUCGACCUUAGGUAGAGAGGUAUGUUCUCGGUGUAUGUGCUCAUGUACUCUAUGCGUGUGGGGUGUUGCAACCCACCACAAGUACUGCUCGCCUAGAUACGGGUGGCGAGCGUCAGUGGGAAGUUUUUUCAAUCUCUCAGAGAGGCAGCUGAUCUGGAUGUGUCCACUGACUUACGGUUGGGAGCGAUCGCACGGUGAACGACAAGCGAUCGCUCUUUGCUGCCUAUCUUUUUUCUGCCAGCCGCACCGCACCGCCACCCUGUUUUCACACACACGCGCACACACACAUGCGUAAACACACGCAAAUAUGGGGUCGGUCUGUCUAUUUCUCUGAUUUGCCCAUGAGCCGCACACACAAAUGCCAUGUGCUUGUCCGUGUGGUUGGCUGCGUCUGCACUCGGUGCGUGCAGUUUUGCCUCAGCUAGCCAAGGUGUCUUUCUGCAUGUGGCAUCGUCUGUGUUUGUGGCGGGCGGUGCGUCAUCGGCUCCAUCUCCCUCACCCUACAUCUAUCUGUGUAUGUUCUGUACAGAUGCAUUGCGAUGCAGACCCAUCCUCUCACUCUCACUGAAUGACUCCCUCACUUACUUGCACACUGGUCCGGUCACGCUUUCUGUGUCACUCGUGCAUGUGUGUAUUAUGCACCCUUGUGUGUCGUGCCUGUCGUGUCAUAGUGAGUGGGGAAGGAGUGCAUACGUGCAUCUGGGGGGGUGGUCCUUCGUGUGACAACGACACUGGCGGCUGGCCAUGGGG